UCUUUCUUCUUCCGCCAUCCCCAUCUAGAGGGAGAGGGAGAUAGAGAACAGAGAAGGGAAGAGAGGGAUAGGGAGAGAUGGAGGAGGAGGUGACGGGGGGAGGGAUGAGGCUGGGGAAGAAGCCGAUGGAGAAGGAGGGGGAGGUGGACUACAAGACCAAGGCCGGGACGGCGUGGAGCCACUCCUACCUCAACCAGAAGCCAUGGCACCCUUUGUCCUACCCCAACCAGCGCCGCAAGUGGAUCGCCGAGCAGACCCACGCCAACCGCAUGCGCCGCGCCGAGGAGGUCGCCCGCGAGUUUGCUCAGGAGCAGGAGUUUUUCCGUCAGACGGCGCUCUUCUCCAAGGAAGAGAAGGAGAAGCUGGAGACGAUGAAAGCUGUGAGUUUUAUGUAUGUCCGCCCACCUGGUUAUAAUGCGGAGAGUGCCAAAGCUGCGGAGAUUGCAGAUGAAAAGAAGAGGUUGGAUCAAAGUAACAGCACUCAAGAUCCAACAAGUGGAACCACCUCUACAAUGCCUGAAACAAGAUCUGACAAAAAUCAGACUGGUGGAGACAAGAAGGCCAGGCCGAAAGAUGUUUUCGGUCGGCCUUUACCAACAGAAGAAGAAUUUGAAGUGUUGAAAAAUGCUCCCAGGCUAGAUACAGGUGCACCUGUUAGGAUCAAGCCAUUUGGAGUUGAAAUUCGCAAUGUAAGAUGCGUAAGAUGUGGAACCUAUGGCCACCAAAGUGGUGACCGUGAAUGCCCCCUGAAAGAUGCAAUAAUGCCCAAUGAGGAGAUGCGGCUGAAGAGGGAUGAUCCACUAACAGCUAUAAUGGCACACACAGAUGCUGGCGAGCCUUUGAAGUGGGAACUGAAGCAGAAACCAGGAAUGAGCCCUCCUCGUGGUGGGUUCCAACCAGAUGAUCCUAACCAGCAGAUAGUAGCAGAUGACAUAUUUGAUGAAUAUGGAGGAUUUCUGGGUGGUGGAGACAUCCCUGCUUUGUUUUCCAACUUGUCAGCAAGCAAAUCUAAGAAGCAUUUCAAACGUAAGAGAAGGCACAAGGACCGAUCACCAGUAGGUCAUACUGGGUCCAAGGGACAUCAUGUUAAUCAUCAACCUUCAUCAUCUUCUGAUUCUGAAGUUGACAAGGAAAGGAGGAGGUGGUCAAAGAGCAAGCACAAGAAGCAGCGGUAUUCAGAAUUAUCAUCGGCUUCUGACUCUGAAGUUGAGGUUCAGAAAGAAGACAGGAGGAAACUGAAGAGCAAGCAUAGGCAGCAACAUCAUCCAGAGUCUUCUUCUACUGACUCUGAAUUUUAUGAAGAAAACAGGAGGUGGUCAAAGAGCAGGCAUAAGAAACAGCAUAAUUUGGAGUAUUCAGCACCUCCUUACGCCGAAGUUGAGAAGGAAAGCAGGAGGUAUUCAGAAAGCAGGCAAAAGCAGCAACAUCAUUCAGUGUCUCCAUCUUCUGACUCCAUAUUUGACAAGGAAAGCAGGAGACACUCAAAGAGCAGGCAAAAGCAGCGAGACUGCUUGGAGUCUCCAUCCUCUGACUCCAUAUUUGACAAGGAAAGCAGGAGGCACUCGAAGAGCAGGCAAAAGCAGCGAUACCGCCCAGAGUCUCCAUCUUCUGACUCUAUGUUUGACAAGAAAAGCAGGAGGCAUUCGAAGAGCAGGCAAAAAAAGCAACACCACUCGGAAUCUCCAUCUUCUGACUCCAUAUUUGACGAGGAAAGCAGGAGGCACUUGAAGAGCAGGCCAAAGCAGCGACAUCAUUCGGUCUCUCCAUCCUCUGACUCUAUAUUUGACGAGGAAAGCAGGAAGCACUCAAGGAGCAAGCAAAAACAGCAACAACAUUCGGAUUCUCUAGAUUCUGACUCCAAAUUUGACAAGAAAAGGAGGCAUUCAAACGGCAAGCAGAGGGAGCAACAUUGUUCUUUGUCUCCUUCUGACCUCAGAUUUGAUAAGGAAAACAGGAGGCGUUCAAAUAGCCAGCAAAAACAGUGACAUCACAUGGAGUCUCCAUGUUCUGACGGAAUCGGACAAGGAAAGAUGUUCAAAGAGCAAGUACAAGAAGCAAAACCUUUCAAAUGCAGGUGCUUCUGAUAGUUCGGACUCCGAUUAUCGAAGGUAAUGAGUAGAAAACCUUUUGGUUUCAGGUACCACUGAUAGUUUCGAAUCGGCCUACCGUUUUCACCAGCACCACACUGACAAACUGUUCAGCCUCUCAAUCAAUUUACUCUGUAUCAGUGCAAGGAGUAGGGAAUCCAGUCUUAUGUUUUCAGAGAGGGUUAGAGGUGAAAGGUAUUUAGACAGCUAGUUUUUUUUUUUUUGUCAAUCAUGUUUGUUCAGAGUAAGAAUAAUUAUUGGAGCCAGUCUGCAGUCUGAUGAGUCUUCGAACAAUCUUGAUGUUUGUGUUCAACCAGAUUUCAUGUAUUUUCAGUUCAAUAUAGUUCAUAUAUCAUCAAAAGUUCAAGACUCAGUCAGGGCCUUGAAGCUGAAUGAAAGCGUGCUACUUGUUCCCAAAUAUGUAAAGCUGUCCCA